UCGCCAUCGCCAUCGCAUCCCAUCUGCCUUCACGCUGCAAUCCCGCCGAGCACCUAUCAGCACGCGGCCCUCAUCUCUCGCCGGCCGCCCGUGACCAUGUGCAUGUCUUUCCGGAGCCUCUCUCGCAUUUCUCCAGCAUCGCCAUCGCCAUCGCCAUCGCCCGCGCCCCGCCAUUGAGCGCUCCAUCUCUUCGGCUGCCCCGCCCCGCCCUGCGCUCCAGCUAUCGGCCUGGCUCGAUGCCGCACUGAGACGGCUCCUCUCCACACCCACGACUUUAAUGAAUACCAAUGCUCCCGCCUCUGCGAAUGCUGCCCCUCCCCAGCCGCGGCCCAUUCGCUUCGUCACCAACCAUGACGGGCCCUACGCGAAGCGCCGCAGGAUCAACUCGGCGUGCCUGACAUGCCGGCGGAAGAAGACGCGCUGUUCGGGUCCGUCCAGCCCUCCAGCCCUCCGGCCCUCCAGAUAAGAGUUAUACUCGCAACCAGGACAUUCGCUGACUUGGGGCAAGGCGAGCGGCCCGUCUGCGGCACCUGCGCCCAGAACAAACACCACUGCGCCGGCUACGGCGACGAUAACACGAGCCCGACCGAAGCAACCAGGGACGGCAGGAAGCCGGCGUCGAGGGAGAGCAAUGCGGCGAGCACCACGUCUGCCCGCGUGAAGCAGGAGGGCGCCGCCCACCCCCCGCGCCCGCGCCCGCGCCCGUGCCCGCCGCAUUCAGCGUCGAACGCAUCGCAGAGCUCCGACUCGUCGACCGCCAUCCGCAUGUCCAGGCUGGACGAAGACAGCAGGAACGCGGCCCUGACGCUGAGCACGCGCAACCGCAUGCCAUACUUCCGCUACUUCGGUCCGACGGCCAUCAUGCCCGGCUUCAAGCAGAUGGUCGUCAAGGUCAGGGGAAAGCAGCACGGCACGGGCCAUACCACGUCAGACCCCCUGGAGUCUUCGCCGGGCCAGCCGCCGUCAGUGGGCUCUCCGCCAGCUCCAGAAUCCCGAACGCCGGUCGACAUCCCGGUCUACGACACAUCGGCAAUGUCUCCGAGUCCGCUCAUCACCCAUCUCUGCAAGCUGUUCUUCGUGCACCUCGGUUGCAAUUUCCCCUUUCUCCAGCGCGAGCGCUUCAUGCGUGAUCUCGAGGAAAAGCAAGUCGACGCUAUCCUAGUGGACGCGGUGUGCGCCUUGGCCGCCAGGUUCUCGAGUCACCCGAUGCUAACCGGGGCCCCGGAACCCCAGAAAGACGUUGAAAGCGAGGCGCCAAAGAUCCACCCCUCUGAGUAUGGCCAAGCCUUCGCCCAACGAGCGAAAUCGGCUAUUCCCGAUGCGUUCCCCUGCCCUAGCGUCGCCGUCGUUCAGGCGGCGUUGCUUCUAGCAUACGACGAGUUCGGCGCCAAUCGCGACAGCGGCCUCUGGAUGUAUCUGGGCAUUGCCAUCCGCAUGGCCCAGGACCUUGGGAUGCAAACCCUGGAAGGGUUAAAGUACGAGGGUCGCGACGGGCCGACUCCAAAGUCCGUGAAGACGGAUCCGAACGCAGGCUCCGAUUCCUCACACAAGGUACCCGAAGCUCGCCGAAGGGGGAGUGCCGUCCCCGCCGAGGAGGAGCAGCGCGCUGUCGAAAGGGAGAGGCUAGACACAUUCUGGUCCAUCUUCUUCCUCGACCGCGUCAUCUCAUCCGGCACAGGCCGUCCUGUGACUCUGCGAGAUAAAGACAUUGAGAUCUCCUUCCCAUCUCUCGACGAAGUAGAUGCUGCUUCGGGUUGGCCCCUACCGUUCCCGGCUCUGAUACGGAUCGUACAUCUCUAUGGCCGAGUGACCGACCUGCUCAACAGCAUCAAGGAGAAGUCUGACAUUACGGAUGACCUCCGUAAACAGCUUGACACGCUUGAGUACCAUCUGACGGAAAUCUACCAGAACCUCUCGCCCAAGCUCCAUUUCAACGCCGUCAACUUCCAGCACUAUGUCAAGCUCAACCAGGGUACCAACUUUCUGCUGCUUCAUUGCUGGUUCCACACACUUAUCGUCCUGCUACACCAGCCGACGUUGCUCAAGACGUUCGAAGGCAGCACCCAGCCUCUCUCAAACAACAGCAGAGAACUGUCAAUGUCUUCCGCCAAGACAGUGGCGGACAUUCUAGCGUUUACGGAUCUUAUCGACGCAAAGACGGGCGUUGGCAACCCCUUUACCAGCCAACCCAUCUACAUCGCCGCUUGCGCCUUUCUGCAAGAGACCGCUCUGCAUUCCGCAUCUUCCCAGCCCCAUUCUCGUCCUUGUAGCCCUGGCGCGCUGGAAGAAGAUGAUACCGCGGAAGUCAGUAAGGUGUCGAUAGACCACAUGACCUUCGAUAAGCCACCAGCAUCCACCAACGGUCACGGGGAGCGGGCCGGUCACCCAAAUGACCGCGAUCAAAAACAGGCUGCUAAGCACACAUUGCUCGCCUCUGCCGCGAAUCAGAACUAUCAGCGCUGCUAUCGGGCACUAAAGUCUCUUGAGACGUACUGGGCCGGUGUCAAGUACAUACUCACGGUAUUGGACCAGAAGUCGAAGGGCGUGGUCGAUCCGUUGCUCUAUACGAAGGAAGAGAUGGAAAGCGCCCUGGAGGUUCCGCGGCCAGAACCCUCGUUCACGAGCCCAGGGUGGCGGAGAAAGCUGAGCUGGGGGACAUAUCUUACAGCGCAGAACAUGGAUGUUGAUGCUGCGAAAGUGUCUGCUGCAAUUCGGAAAGGCUCUCGCACUCCUAUACCCGGCUCUCCGAUGAACCCUAGCCAAGCUAUCGGGUGGUCACUCACGGGCACCAUGAACUCUCCCUCAACGAACGUCGCCGUCAUGUAUACCUCUGAGAAUAACAAUACCCGCGAUACAAAACCCCUCCAGGCGAAACCUAUACCACCACUAGCGAGCAGUCAGCCUUCCAUCGCAUCAGUCAUCUCCAACCCCACGAUAAAAUUCGAGCCAUCCCAAACCAUGCCCUCUCCCGCCUCCUUUCCAUCCUUCGAUCCAACCACCAUGCCGCCCCCUCCGACCCAGAACCUCAACACCGUCCCCACCCCCGAUCCUGUCCUCGUCUCCGACGCCGAUCUCCUCCUCAACCUACACUCCCCUUUCUCAGCAUCCUCGCCAGGAAAUCCUCGUCCACCGCUCCAACCAACCUCCUUCGCCCGCAGCACGACGUCCGCACCCUCGAAUAACCCUCCGAACCCGCAGCCCCCACCGCCGCAACAAACGGAUUUCUCCCCAACCGCAUUUACCACGUACCCUACCCCUUCAGAUCAUGCGUUUGGAGAUAUGGUCAUCGAUUCUCAAGAGGUCGAUAUGUCGGUGCUAGGUGCGGAUAUGAUGCCAUGGGACCUGGAGUACUUACCGCAUGACAUGCUAUAUUUCGGGGAUGCUGCGGCGUUUGGGGUUGGUGGUGUUGGAGAUGACACGGGGACGGGUGCACCGGAGGGGUGAAAGACCUCUGGAUGCGACGACAGGCUGCUUUGUUUUGCGGGUAGGGCGCUGGCGGGACUUUUGUUUCGGUGCAUGUACAUAGCGAAUCGGGACUUGGGCUGUAGGUUUGACGCAUCUAUAAGCGUAUGCUUGAGUGAAUUGUAUCGGAACAGGUUUGUGCGGCCGGAUCAACACAGACAAGUGUUCUUCGGCCUCUCCGGGUGGGUGUAUAGGGUCCUGAAGGGCUUCGGCCCAUUUC